ACGAAUUUGCAUUCCUUGCUCUCUAUUGGAAGGCUCGCAAAACAUUCUCGCCACAAGAGAAACGGAAAAUUGGCGAGGUUUAAAUAAAAACAGAAAACGCAAAGCAAGAUAUUUAGAUGACCCUUGCGGCAUACAAGAUGCUUUAACAUGGAGAAGUGCGAAGCUCCCUAUAAUGAGAAACGGUAGCUCCACAGAAUUACAAGCGGUAAAAAUAGAAGAUCAAAAUUAUUGCUUUAUAAACACUUGUGCUUUUGACAGCGUGCUGCAAAUUGUCCUUGCCGCCUUGUCAGAUUACAAAGAUUUCGAAACCGAGAUACGUAAAAUCGAGAAUAAUAAGUUAUAUGAAAUGGCGCUAGAUAUUUUAGAAAAAGGAAUUAGAGCGUACACGUAUAAAUUACGUGCACAAAUAUUAUUACCUUUUUCUAAACCUCGAAACGUACAAUGUGGAAAUUGCAUUCAAGUAGAUUGUCAAACUAAUGUAGGCUACUUGGCGAGUCAGCUUUUCAGGAAUAGUCCAAGUUUCGAAGAAAAUUCUAUAUGCGAUAAAGGAUGUCCAGUCAGAUCAAAGUCAUUGCCUGUCUCUCAAAUUGACUACAAUCACUUAUUACAAGCAGAUAAUUACAAUAUAAUAAAAAACAAUGUCCUAUUAAAAGGAAGUAAGAAAUGUUAUCGUGAAAAUUGCACAGGUUUUGAAACAACCAAACUGUGUAAAAUAGGUAAUUAGAAUCGUAUUACUUCCAAACAGAUUCCUUUUAUGUAAUUAAAAUACAUAUUCAAGUAUAUAAUACAUAACAAUUAUGCAAAUUAUACACAGAUAUAAUUUCA